AUAGCGGAGGAAAAAAACACAGCAACCUGACACUUAGCUAUACUUUUGCCUGAUUGGUGUCUAGGUUAUGACAACUUAGCACUUGUUUGGCUAGCAGUCAAUAUGAAAAUAAUCACCGAAGUAACGAGGAAUCGGUAGAAGCAGGCAAUGUUGGCGAAAAACAAAUGUUUCCUUGAGAUUUUAUAUACAACUAUCUCCAGGAGAAAGGGACUGCUAAAGUUUAUCUUCGCCAAAUGCUCAGCUUUGAAGUCUCGCAUAUUUCUCGAAUACUCUUUGAUCAUGCAUGAUUGUUCUUCUGUUUAUAAUUCUUCAAGCAGACGAUAAGCAUGAAUCAAACUUUUGCUUCCUGACGUAGAAAACAUCAAUAUUCAGUGAUUAAGCAGAUCAUACAGUAGCAGAGAUGGGGUGGACAACCUUUCGUAUCGUUCCAGCUAGAGCUUUCAAGAAAAUUCUGUACGGCAUUUGCAUUUGGACAUGUUUGUGCUACCUGGUGUUCCGUAUUACGAAUCACAAUGGAGCUGUCACAUACCUUACAGCUCGCGUGAACAGGGGUCUUCUGCAGAAUGUACAGUCAAUGCAAGCUAUCGCAGCAGCAGCUGCCAAUGGCAAUGUUGACAACAGCCCCACCACAUCUCCACCAGGAAUACAAGAUAAUCCAUCAGGAAGUAGAACGCCGGGUAUUCCUCAAAAUUUCUUAGAUUUAGAACCUCAAGUUGAUAACAGUCCUGCAUUAAAUGAAAAACAGCUUCUGACUUUACUCGCUAAUCAUUCCAACCUUCCGCUUGCUUAUUGGUCAGCGAACAAGCUCCGCCCAAUUGGAAGCAAAUCCUGUGUGAAAUUUCCUAGUCUUUAUGAAUUAGAUUUCAACAAUAUAUAUUGGCAACGACUUCAAACUUCAAAUGGAACGUUUUAUCUUUAUGGUGCAUAUUAUGAUAACAGAUGGAGAGCAGGAAGCACGCCUUUAAUAAGAAUACUUGGCAUGGUCGAUCGUAUUAAACCUUUGCCAACAAUUUGUCAGCUUUGGUUUGAUAAGAAGAAAACUGUCAUUUUUACGCCUGCUACUUACACGUAUGCGUGGUAUAGUAAGUGGGGGAACUACAAAAAUGGCAUACUUCAACCAUAUGUGAUAUCUUGCAAAGUGCCCACCAAAGAAUCUGGAGGACAGGUACCGACAAGUGUAUCCUUAGUUGAAAAACGCUGCGAUAAACCUACCACGAAUUUAAGAGUUCGGUAUGACAGACCUGCAAAAAAGGAAGACUUUGCAGUGUGUGUUAAGGGGUUAGAUUUUUUGCACGAAGAUCUCAGCGUCAGACUUGUAGAAUGGAUGGAAAUGUUGAAUAUUCUUGGGGCGAAGAAAAUAUUCCUGUAUGAGCUCGAAGUUCACCCGAACAUCUCAAAAGUUCUCAAUUAUUACCAAAAAGAAGGACUGGUACAACUCACGCCUAUAACACUACCUGGCAACCAACCUAAUUUGCCAGGUUUCAGACAUUUGUAUCUCAAAUCGAAACUAACUCAUAAACGGCAAAACGAACUAAUUCCUUACAAUGAUUGCCUCUAUAGGAAUCUUUAUUCUUAUGAAUAUGUUGUUCUUCUGGAUAUUGAUGAAAUAAUUAUGCCUGUUAAGUAUGAAAAUUGGUCUGAUCUUAUGAAAGAAGUUGUUCGGCAAGCGUUGAAAGAAAAAAAUUACACCAGAGCCAGCUACAAUGUGCGUAAUGUCUACUUUUUGGAUGACCUUCAAGAUGGCGACGAUUUGCACCACGAAGCUCACGAACAAGGCAUUCCAAGAUUUCUUCAUAUGUUUCAGCACGUGUAUCGGAGUAAAAAUUUCACAAAACCUGGUUCCUAUGUGAAAUGUUUUCACAACACCGAAAGGGUAGUAUCCCUACACAAUCAUUUCCCCCUAAAUUGCUUAGGGACCUGCACUACAUUUUCUGUUAACACAAGCUUAGCCCAACUACAGCACUACCGCAAAGAUUGCGUGGGUUCGUUGCAAAAUAGUUGCAAAACAGACUUUCGUAUUUAUACCCUAAAAGACACCACCAUAUGGAGGUAUAAAGAUGAAGCUAUAAAACGAACGACCCGGACAUUAAAUAGAUUAGGAUUUUUUUCAUAGUCGCUUAUGAAACUUCAAAUUGAUCUGAUUUACAAUUGCAUUUCAAUUCCAGUCUCACAUUAGAUGUUUAUUUCGUUACGAAAUUUCUUCGUUUAAAACCAGCGAGAAUAUUUGUUGAUGAACAAAGAUGGCGUCAAUAAGAAAUAUUGCGUAAUUAGUUUGCGCAUGAAGUUUUUAUUUAUUUUUGUUCAUCAUUUAAUAGUAAAAUAAUGUUUUCUCGCAAUCGAACAGCUUAAACUUUAAAAGUGUAAAUUUUGAAUUAAUUUUCUUUAUGAACAUACUAGUUUUCAAAACUGGAUGAUUUUUAAACUGUGUUCUACACAAACCAACUAAAUGGUUUUUCUAUUGAAGAAUAGCGUGCACAAGAUAAACAGUUGCAAAUAAAAUGUGUCACCCCUGAUAAGACUACACGCAAAUAUUAUCAGUGAAAUUUUUCUCAAUUUUAGUGCAACGAUUACAUACAGAAACAAUUUUUCUAGUUUUUAUCAUCUGGAUUUCAUACUUAAAUAAAUUAUUACAAAGUAGGACAAAUGAAGUGCUACGCAAAUCACUUCAAAAUUCAGUGGACUGCUCUAUAUACCGUAUUUUUUAAUUAUAAAAUAUUGUGUUAUUGCCAAAUGCUUAUAAUUGUUUUUGUAUUUAAAUAAGUGUUUUUUAAAUUAUUCACUUUCCUUUUGUUUCCUGCUUAAAUGCUGCAUCAGUGUUCAUGAAUUUGUUUUAUAAGUUAUAAAUAUAAAUUAUAAAACUCUUAAGCUGUUGUUCCGAAAAAUAAACAUAAAGACAUAUUCUAUUUUCACAGUUUCUUUAAGAAAUACGCUGAUUUAGCUUUCGAUUUACAAAAUUCCCAUUUUUUAUUUUGAUAUAUUAUACUAAUUUGUAUCAAUUUUUUAAUUCUGAAAUUAGAGAAUCAUUCUGAGACUACGCCUUUGAUUUGAUUUCCCCCUUCAAAAUAAUGUAAUUUCCUUUAUUUAGAAAUACACACCGGAAAACAAUUUGAUUUGAUAAUAAUUUUACUUCCUCAAUUUUUAAAUUGUACCAAGAAAUAAAAUCCAAUUUUAGCAUAAGUUUGGGGCAUUUUUGCGUCAUAUGGUUUUAUAAACAAUGUGAAUUUAGGAUUAGUUUUUAUCUAGGAACAACAGUCUUAAUUAUGCUUAAAAAAAUUCAAUAAUUAUGUCUAUUUUUUUUUAAAAAAAUAGGUAGCUUCAAUAUUUCAUCAAAAUAUUUUAUUCUUUUACAUAAACUGAUUUUGGGUGUUACGAAAAUGGUUUUAUUAAUUUCUAUUGAAUUUAAUUUAAACUCUUUAUUAAAAUACAAAUGUGAGUUUUGAAACUUUGAAUAAAUAUUACUUUUGUGUUUUGGAAAUAGUAUGUAUCGCGGCAUAUUUCAUUUAUUUGAUAAUCUGAUUUUAUCCAACUGUGUAUUUUUCAUGACUUUCGAAAAGUCACGCAAAUGUGUGACAUAUCAAUAUUUCAUUUUAUUUAAUUUUCUGCUUUCUUUCUUAUUUGGAUCCUUAAUUUAUUCCGAAUAAAAAGUAAGCAAUUUUCAUUAUAAUAUUCAUCAAACUAGAGAAGUCCAUGUUUUACUUUGAUGUAAAUUUUUCUCUUUUCAUUUUUAAAUUGUUUUACUAAAAAGUAUAAUGAUAUGCAGAUUUGCUUAUAUAACUUUGUUUGUAUAAUUUAAUUUAUUUGUGUCAGUCUUGCUUGUCUAAAGAAUACUCAUUUUUACCCUAAAUUCAUAAAUUUUCAUUUAAAGUGCAAGAUAUCUAUAAAGUAUAAAUAUUUUAACUUAAAUAAUUGGGUAGAAAACUUAUGUCCAAAAAAAUUAAAAAAGACCUCUAAAAAAACUCAUUAACCUUAGGCGUAAAAUAUAGACGUUUUUAAAUUAUAAUGAGUUUUAAUGUUAUCAGGGAUUAUUACAGAUUUUUUUAAAUGUCAGUAAAGGUUUUUUAUUUAAGGCAUUUACUUAUAUUUUUGUGAAUUUGAAAAAAUAGGUUUUUGUUUUUGUAAUUGUAUGAAAAACAAAAUUUUCUGAAUUUGAAACCUCCAUAGUGUCGGGUUAUUUUCUGCCUAGAUUCUGCCUUUACAUGUGGAAAUAAAGUCCUGUUUUUGUGGGAGAAAAACACAAAAAUCAAGGCUUUCAGAGGAAAGUGACUUUAAAAUAAUGAAUUACGUGAAUUACGGACUUUGAUUUUCAAAAGUAUUUUGUGCAUAGUCAUCUAUAGUAGAUGCUCUAUUUUGGAGGUAAAAUUUUUUUGUUAAGUGUCAAUUAACUGUUCAGAAUUUCUUCUUGAGUGAUUUUUAGUUAUAUUCUUUCUUAAAAAAAUAAAACAUUUCUUAAGACUAACCGAAAGGAAGAAAAAAAAUUAAAAAUAUUUUCACGCUUCUUCUUUUUCUCUUCUUUUUUGAAAUUCUAUGGUUAAAGUUGAUACCCAAUGCUUCCUAUAUGAGGUUGUAAACUUAAUAAAUAGAAUCUCAUUUAGUCAUUUUUAUACUUAACCCUUUUGUUUUAAAUGUUUGCUUUAAAACUAAUUUUAGUGAUGUUUGUCUUGUAAUGAUCUAAAAAUCACUAUUCUUUUGUUAAAACACUAUGUAGAGUAUAUUUCUGAAUGGUGUAAACAUAAUUUUUGCUUUUUCUUAAUCUCAUUAUUAAAUAAUUUGGUUAGAUAAAUUCGUGAUGUCAAAUAUUUUAGAACUAUGACUAAUUUAUAUAUUGGGCGAUUCCGUGGUGACGUUAUAUUUUGAUAGUCUUUCGUAUUUAAAGCUUUUUUCAUUGAUAAAUGCUUAAUAUUUUUUUAAAAAACCAAUGUUUAAUUUUUUUAAAUGAAAGUGAAAAAACAUCCUAUAUGUAUGUGUAUAUAUUUAAAAAGAAUAUGUGGAAUGUUUUAUAAUAACCUAAUAUUAUUAUGCAUAUCGCAAAAGGUAUGAAAAUUUGAAAAUAUUCUGUUUAGAAUAAAAAUGUAACUGACGUUUCACAGAAAGGACAUGGUGUAAAGCAUAUUCUUAAUUUGAAUUUCUCUUCCUAUAAGAAAUAAUGUGAUUAGUUUUGAAAUUUUAUUUAAAAGCAAGCUUUAAAUUAUCAGGAAGCAUUGGAAAUACACAUGAAUUGAGAAAUGAAAAGUACAGAAAUAGCUCUUGAGAAUAAUUUUGUAUGUAACUGAGGUUACAAAUACACGCUAUAUUAAAAUUUUAAUAAACUUUUGUUACUAUUAUUUCAAAACUAAAAACUUCAAUUUUCAAUCUUAUUUCUGAAAUAACUAAUAAAAAAAAUAAGUAACUAAAUUGCUAUUAAAUGUUCAUUCUUUUAUGUUGUCAUUUGUAUCAUGGAAUUGCCCUAUUUCCUGCUACUUAAAUUGCUUUUUUUUCACUUUUGGCGUGAUGUAGCUUAACUAUUCCUUCAUCUUAAACGUAUGCUUAAACUAAGUGAAAAUGAUGGCUUGAAAAUAGUAUAUUUUAGGAGUUUUUUUUCGUCUGUUUGUAAAAAUUUAUUUUUAAGUUUAAAAAAAAAACAUUAUUAAUGUACAGUUUUUUUGAAAAAGAUUUAUCGCAUAUAAUAUCUAUUUGUCCUACUUUUACUUUAUUUGAUAUGCUGUAAAUUGUAGUGUUAUACUUUAAUAAUACCUGCAUAAGAAUUUUAAAAACUCUCUUACAGUAAAUUUUUCUUUAGUUUAAGGAAAACGCUAGAAAGCAAUACCGAGACGCAAACGGCUUUGAGAUUUUGAAACAAGUUUAUAUUUGUUACUUUGAAUGUCUAUCUCAUAAAUUUGUAUUGAAUAUUUGAUAUUUUUUAAACCAUAAACCAUUUAAUUUCUGUGGUGUUUAAAAAAAACAGCAUGAAACUAUUUCUGAGAAGUUAAAAUGUUUCUCAGAAACUUACGAAUAUUUCUGUUCAAAAAUAGACAAUUUAUUCCUCAAUUUCGAGCAUUAAAUGAGAAAUUUGUCUAUCUAAACGAUCCAAUUUCAAUCUAAUUCUGACUAAUGUACCAAAAUACCUGCUCUUAAUGUCUAUUUUUAGUUACUUUCAAUUAAAGAAGAUGCGCAUUAAAGAUCGCAAAUUAAUAUUUAGACGAACAAAGGAAUUAAAACGGUAUUGAAAACUGAGUAAUAACUACUGUGGUUUUGAAAUCACCAAAAAAUGUUUGAUUACCUAUCGAAAUAGAGAGAAGUAUUCAAAAAGGAACGUUUAGAAGCAUCCCCAAAUUAUAUCGAGCAAUCAAACUGGUUUUUGAUUUUUCAUUUUGAUUUCUUCUAUAGUUAUUCGCCAGAUAUCGAUAGGGUUUGCCUUUCUUCUAAUAUUAUUUCUCGAUAUUAAAUUGUGAAUCCCCACUGUGCAUAUUUUUUUUGACAAUGAUUCUAAAAAUAUCUAUUAAAGGUAGUGACUACUAAGCAUGUUAACUUUCUUUCCCCAUAAAUAUUGAUUUUCUGCGAUUUUUCUUUUUAUUUAAUUUUUACCCUGUAUCUGUAGAAAUUUUAAAUGUUUUAUGCAGGUGCAAAUAAUUUUUAAAAAAAAUCUUAGCAAUUGAGUAAUGUUUAUCAUAACUGCAUUAACUUCUUAAAUACGCUAUGCAAUUGUGAUUGAUUUUUGUUUCGGACUGCAGAAAUUCGGAAAAAUAUUUCUACAGGCAUAUAAAAUGUGUAUAUUUUGCUUUCUAUUGACUCAAUUUGUAUCCAUUUUUUGUCUUACUUUUAUAAAAUUAAUUUAAAAAUAAUAGAUCCACUUGUUUUAUAAUGCAAUUAUUCUUCAAUAUUUGACUUAGCACAUAUGUAGCAAACCUUUAUUUAUUCUUAAAAGAAAAACUGUCGGCUUAAUUAAAAAGUGUAUAAGAGUCAUUUAGCUGAGUAUCGAAUUUAUUAUGAAUAAUUGAAAACUUUCUGACUCUUAUUAUCAUAGAAAAUUUAGAACACUUAGCUGUGCAAUGUCCCUUGUUAGUGACAAGUUCUGCGAAAUGACCCAGCGAUUCUUUUUAUGAAGUAAUUUUUUAAAACUUUCAGUUUGAAUAACAACAAUGCAUGAUUAUGAAAACCUAAAAUAAUGAUUUGUAUUUCGUUUUAAAAUGCAAAAUUUUUAUAGUAUUUGCUACUGAAUAUUGCAUAAAACCAAUUCUUUUCACUAAUGAGUUACUUCAUAAAAUAUUUACUAUAUCUAGUAAAAAACCUUAUACUUUUUUAAUCAAAAGUUUUUAGUGCAUUUCUCUUUUAGUCGCAUAAAAUUUUUAAGAAUUCCGUACUUAGGUACCCUAGUGUGGUACUUUUUCGUAGUUUUAUUUUCCUAAAAUUACUUUCUUUAGUGCCUAUCACCACUUUAAUGACUAUGCAUUAGCUUGAGAUGUGAGAAAAUCUUACGACAGUCUGUCAUUAACGUAUUUCUUCUUAUAACGUCGGAAAAAAAAAUUCCCGGGAAGACAUUAAGUGCAUUUUUUGGGCAAAUAAAACUAUGAUUAUUUAGUUAUAUUGUAAAUUGCUGCAGUUUUAUUUAUAUUAUAGAAUAUUUAUUCUUAAAACAUAAAUUCUACUUAAGGUUUUUUUAAUUUAAAAAUCUAUUUUAUCUUUCUACAAAAAAAUUAUAAUUAAAAAAAAAUGAAAUCUGCUUUAGGCAUUUUUGUUUAGAUGAAUAUCUUAGAGAAACUUUUUUAUUCAUGUUUCUGUUGAUAUCCGUUUUAUGAUUAAAUUCAAAUAAUUAGUUUUCAGUUUUGAGAACAAUUAAAAUGAUAUUUUUAGUGUUAAUUAUAAGCUGAAAAUAAUUUAUUUCAAAGUAAUACUAAUUUAAAUAUUAAUAAAAACUAUUUUUUUCUCUGCUGUUAAUUGAAAUCACUCAUGAAGGUUAAUAAGAAGAUAUAGGACUUAGAAGAUAGAGAUAGGAAGAACUAAAAGAAAUAAAAUAAUAUAAAUAAUUAUAUAUAGCUGGUUUAAAUCUAAAAAUCUCUUUUUUAGCCACGCAGAUCUUGCUGGAUUGUUUUUCCUGCAUAUUCUUGCAAUGCUAAGCAUGUUAUAUAAUUUUGUUAACGAAGUUUAUGAAUAAAUUGUUCCACUUUUAAAUUCUUUAAAACUUGAAUAACGAAAUAUAUUUAUGCAAUUAAAUAUUCCGAGAAGAUAUGUAUUGAUUGUAAUAAAAUGUAUUUUUCUAUGAAAAAUUCUAAGCAGUUUGAAAUUGGUGUACAAGUUUCGCUGCAUCUUUUCUUUCAGAUGAAUAUCAAAAAUUUGCAUUAUUCAUAGAGUUGUAAAAUAUCACACUUAUUCUAUUGUAAAAUUAAAACAGCUGGUGCCAAUGUGACUGCAUACCACGCUUCAGCCUCAACUUCCGGAAUGACCUCUUACAAGUGAUGAGAAAUAUCAGAAAUGUUCCUGCGGAUGUCAAGUCUUUCAUAUUCAUCAAGAAUAUCCAUGGCAGGACCAUGAACAAAUUCUUGCUAAAUGUGUAUCUUAAAUGUUGUCCUACCUUUUGUAUUGUCUGAUUGGAAAGAAUUCUUCUACCUUCUUGUGAAUAAAAAUGUUUCUAUUCCUGUUA